AGAAGCAGAAGCAGAAUCAGAAUGGCCGCGGACGGGUUCCCCUUUCCGCUCUGGGUGCUCGGCGACUGGGGCUCCGGCGCCCCGAAGCUCGUCAACAAACUGACCAUUUACUUCCAGAGCAAAAGGUCCCAAGGCGGCGACUGUCUCGUGGAGGCCGGUGGCGGCGGGGACGCGCAGCGCGCGGUGGUGCGCUUCAAGUCGGAGCACGUCCGACAAAGAGUUCUGAACAAACAAGAACAUGAACUGAAGCUGGGCCAAAAGAUUUUGAAGCUGACUGUGAGGUUGCCGCAGCCCGAAGACGAGGCAAACCUAGGAAAUGAGGAGACACCUUCAACGACAUCGGACAAGGCCUCACCUGCUGCUUCCAAGUCCAGCUGUUUGGUGGUGGAGAAUGCUUCUUCACAGUCUGCAUCUGAGGUUGCUGGCCUGGAAGAAGAGGAGCAGAUGACCUCAGUGGUACUGGAGAGCAUACAGGAGAAAAUGAACCAACAUUUCCUCGAAAUUCUGGUGGAGAACAUCUCAGAUUGCUCAGCAGAAUCAGAGGACUUCAUUAUAGAAAUAAUACCGGACAUUAGUACAGCAGUCGUGUCAUUUCGAAACAGUAAAGAUGCACAAGAGUUCAUUAAAAACUGCCCAUCAAACAAAAUGUUUAGACAAAAUGGGCUGGCUGUUAAACUCCUUGAGAACACAACCGAAGUGAGAGUUGAAAACAUUCCCCCUGGAGUUGACUCUGAUUAUCUGCACCUAUAUUUUGACCGAGAAGGAGACGUGAAUAAAGUCACGAAGGUCGAUGAACAGUGCGCGAUUGUCAGUUUUAUGAAUCCCAAAGUUGUUGAUAAAAUAAUUAAAAAACAGUACAGAAUUCAAGAGAGGCCUCUGAAAGUGUACCCACAUUAUCAAUCCUUGGGCACAGCUCUGUAUGGGAAGAACAGGCCUGUGUGGAAACUGCCCAAACCAUUUACUGAGAACAUUGAUUCAGCAAUUUGGAAGUUCCUUCAUGACAAGGAGAUGACAGAAGCAGUUAAGCAGGACAUGGUGAACCAUUUUUGCACAGUGGAUCUUCAAAGUCCUAUCGUUGAGAUCAGUCCUAUACCAUCCCUGCUGAAGCAGAAGGGUCUGAUGUCCAGGCAUAUUGAUGGCUGGAGAGAGAAUGCUUCAAGUGCAUUUCACAGCGCCCUCUCAAAGUUCACCUCCUUCAAGUGUCAGGUUCACACUCCCUUGUGGAAUGCAACAGAGCCGGAGAUUCGCAGUGCACUGAUGGAUGUUGUAACUGUCAUGCCUGACAUGAACAAAGAGGAGAUAACAUUAGCUGGUCUCAAGGAAGAUGUUGAGCGGUUCCAGAAAGUGCUGGCAGAGAUUUUAAAUGCAGCCGCUGAUAAGCUGGAGAGAGAAAGGAACAGGAUAACUCAAGAAAUGUCUGUAGCUCCCUCUAAUUACCACAUUCUGCAACUUGAUGGACUUGAACUGGAAAAGAUUAAGGCCAGCUACCCAGACCUCAAGCUGUCAUACAACCAAGAGAGCAAGAGAAUCAUUCUCUCUGGCUUAGCCUCUGAAGUGUUCAGUAUAAAGAGUAAGAUUCUGGAGAUGAUAAUGAACAUGAAACGGAGGUUGGUAGAAUUAGACAAAGAUGUUCUUCACUUCUUCUCCGAGGGAGAUUUAGAGGAACUCUCUUAUUAUUUAUUCAUAUCUCAAGGUAUUAAUGCAAAACUUGAGUCAGAUGGAAUAAGAGUUCAAAUAGUCAGUAAUACAGAUCAUGUUCUUGAAAAGGCUGAAAAACACCUAAGGGCUGUUUUGGUUUCUCUGUACAUUGAUGUGGAAGACCUAAAUGUGCUGAGAAUGGCUGAAUGGCAAGACUUGGUUAGCAGUUUGAUAAAGACCACAAUGAACCCUAUCCAAACUGUGACAGUCAGGGUAAUUGGCACUGAUCCCAACCUACAAGUGGCGGUUACUGGUUUCCAGGAUCAGCUUCAGAUAGUAUGGAAACAGCUAUCAGACUUCCUGUACAAAAACACUAUAAUUGAUGAAACCCUGAAUGUGAAAGAAAGAGUCAUUGUUCAAUUCAUCCGUGAAUAUAAAAAGAAGAUUUGGUCAGCAACACUGAAAGACUUUGUGCAAGUUAACUUCAAUGAUCAGACUAGAAAUCCAAGCAUUUCUCUUACUGGUCCCAGACUUUAUGUCACAGAGUCCAAAGAAGUAUUUGAAGACCUGCUUUCUUCCAUUUAUUUUGAUGUUUUCAAGGUCGUCCAACCAGGGGCAAGGAAGUUCUUUAAGGAGAAGGAGGACAUGUAUGUUACCACAGCCAUGAGUCAGAUGGGGUGUAUGGUUGAGCUUGUAGAUGAGUCUAUUACUUUAGUUGAAGAGGAGACUGUUUCCCAGGUGAAGAUGCCAGAUGGAGUGGUGAUUACUGUUUGCAAAGCUGACAUAGGCCAAUAUCCAGCUGAUGUUGUGGUGAACGCAUUGAAUGAAGAUGUGCAGCAUACUGGUGGACUCACAGGGGUGUCGCUGGCUGCUUCAGGUCCUCAUCUGCAGGAAAUGUUUGAAAACUACUCCCACACUGCAGGAAAAACCCCUGGGGAUGUCAUUAUUACACCUGGCGAUCUCAGAUUUAAGCACAUGAUUUAUGCAAUAGGCCCAAGGUUUGAAGACACAGACCCCCAGAGAGCAGUAGGAAUCCUGAAGAGAAUUGUCAAACAGAGUUUGUCCUUGGCAGCAAAAUAUGGAUGUCAAUCUAUAGCAAUUCCUGCUUUCACUUCUGAGAGCUUUGGUUUCCCACUUAGCCUCUGCACAGAAACUGUUGCCAUUGCUGUGAAGGAACACUGCGAGGACUUGUAUGGAGAGAACACCCUGAGGAAGAUACACCUGGUGAACAGUGACAGCCAAACGGUUCAUGCUCUGGAGCUAGCAGUAAAGAAGGUGUUUGGGAACCCGAGAGUUCAACAAAGGAAUCCACUAGUGCAGUUUGAAGUGGAUGAGAAGAGCCAUGAUGCAGCACCCACAGCAGGGAUAAAUAUGGUCCAAACCAAGGAAGGCCUUACCAUUAGUCUAAUGAAAGGCUACAUCCAGAAUGCCUUGACAAAGGUGACGGUCAACACUCUAGCGGAAGAUCUGUCACUAGACUGUGGGUCAGUCUCCAAGGCUAUACUGACGGCUGCAGGAGCCCAGCUCCAGAACUUGGUAUCGCAGCAAGCAGCAUCUGGCAACCCUGGUAAAGGGUCUGUUCUUGUCACAAAGGGCUGCAAUCUAAAGAGUGAACUGGUGUUCCAUGCCAUCGCCCCCAAAUGGGACAAAGGCAAGGGGAUGGCAGAAAAGAUGCUGCGAGGGAUCAUGCAAAAGUGUUUGGAGCAAGCAGAGCAACUCAACCAGACUUCCAUAGCCUUUUCUGCCAUAGGCACAGGAAACUUGGGCUUUCCCAAGAACCUGGUGGCCUCUCUAAUGCUUGAGGAGGUUCUCCAGUUCAGCAGGAAAAGGACACCCCAGCAACUCCAAGAAGUCGUAUUCAUCCUGUACCCCGGAGACAUGCAGACUAUUCAGGCCUUCACAGAUGAGUUCGGUAAGCAGUUCCACAGUCAUUCAAAGCAGCCGGGGGACAUGACAGCAGAGGCUAAUCCAACAGUCUCUGCAGGUGCAGCAGCAGAAGCAGCAGCAGGAAAGGUGAAAUCACCAAAGCCAGGCGAGUACGAGAUGAGAACAGGGAGUGUGCUGCUCCAGGUUUUUACAGGUGAUAUCACCAAGGAGACGACAGAUUGCAUUGUCAACUCUUCCAACUCUGACUUUUCACUCAAAUCAGGUGUCUCCAAAGCCAUUCUGAGUGCAGGAGGUCAUGCUGUGGAGGCAGAAUGCAGGCAGCUAGCAUCCCAAACCAACAACAAGAUGAUAAUGACACAGGCAGGUGGCCUCAAGAGUAAAAAAAUCAUUCACAUAGUGGGACAGACUGACCCUGUCCAAAUCCGUGAGUGUGUCACAGCUGUGCUACAGAUGUGCUCAAAGAACAACCUCACAUCUGUCUCAUUCCCUGCUCUUGGAACUGGUCAAGGUGGGGUCAACCCUGCCCAGGUAGCAGAUGCCAUGGUGGGUGCAGUGGUGGAUGCUGGAGGCAUGAAGUCCUCCAGUUCCGUGCAGGUGGUGAGAAUUGUCAUUUUCCAGGCUCACAUGUUGAAUGAAUUCUACAACAGCAUGAUAAAGAUGGAGCCCACACCUAUACAACCACAGCCAACCUUUUGGGCGAGAUCAUCUAAAUUUUUUACAUCAUUCCUCCGAAAAAAUGGUGACAAAGUGCACCGACAAAAGCCUAAAGUACCUGUAAGAAAGGCAAAAAAAAUGGAUCCAGCAUUGUUCCAUGUCUGUGGGGAUUCACAUGAUACAGUGGAAGUAACUAAGAAGUGGAUUGAAGAUCUGAUCGUGAAGGAACAGCACUUCAUGACAAUCACAGAUGAUGCUAUACUCCAGUUCUCUAGUGAAGAGCAUCAAAAGAUAGAAGAGCUGGAGAGAAACUUGCAGGUCAAAGUGACACUAGACAUUAAAGACCCAGAAGGCUCUCUCACAGUAGAGGGCAUUUCCAGUGAUGUUCUGAAAGCCAUCAGCCACAUUCAGGAUUUGCUAAAGAGAAUCAGGACAGAGACCAACCAGAAACGGGACGCCAGUCUGCUCAGCAACUUGGUAGAAUGGCAGUACCAGCUGGGAAGUCAGUACGUGCCCUUCGACAGCCUCGCCAACCUCCAACUUGAACAGGCUGCUGAAAGUUCUCAGAGGGAUAUUAAAGUCACCACCAAUGGUCAGGACUUCAAAGUCACAUUACCCGAUGGCCCAGCAGUUGACAAAACAGGCAAUAAGUUUGAAAUACGACGAAUAAACAAGUUAGAAGCUACAGGACAGGACAGCAUCCCACAGCAUUGGAGUGCCAUGCCUGCAAAAACACUGUGCGCAACGGUUUCUCUGCAGACAGGAACAGCAGAGUACAAUGAGGUUUUGGGUUUAUUCAAAGCCACCUGCAGGAACAAUGUUUUAAAGAUUGAACGGGUUCAGAAUCUGUGUUUAUGGAAGAACUUCCAGAUCUUGAAGGAGAAUUUCAAUAAUAAGAAUGGCCACACGAACAAUGAGAGAAGGUUGUUCCAUGGUACGAGUCAAGCCACCAUCGAGCACAUAAACAACCAUGGAUUUAAUCGCAGUUAUGCAGGAAAAAACGCCGCAGCCUUUGGAAAUGGAACCUAUUUUGCCGUUGCAGCAAGCUACUCGGCUAGCAGCACGUAUGCUGUACCAGAUGCCCAAGGACACAAGCACGUGUAUCUUUGCCGAGUUCUGACGGGGGAUUUUACGAACGGAAGACAAGGACUGUUGGUCCCUCCACAAAAGAACCACCGCACCCAGCUUUAUGACAGUGUGACUGACAACAUCAACAACCCCUCCAUGUUCGUCAUCUUUAAUGACAUCCAGGCAUAUCCAGAAUACCUUAUCACUUUUCACUAGAUGUUACCACCUUCUAUCAUC